CACAUGUACAGAUAUGUAUGUGAAUUGUAUGUAAACAGGUGUAUCCACGUAUGUAUAUGUAUAAACGAACUCGUAGGAUAGGUGCAUGUCCAGAAAUGAAGCGCAGGCAGCAGGAUCGAUAAAAGAGGAUGAUCGCGGGGACGGGGUGCGUGGAGUAUAGGAAAGGAAAGUAGAAUAACGAACAAGCAGAAGGGAAAUAGAUGACGCGCGUGGUGGGUGCGAGAGGUUGCGUGGUUGUUCGGGGUAGUGUGCGGCGAGGGUGGGUGGAGCGGGCGGAGUGGGCGGCGGUGGUUAGGCGGUGAGCAUAAAGAGGAUAGGAUAAUAUCGGUGCGCGACCUCCGCGGUAGCUUCAAGUUCGCCGCUUUAAUACCGGCGGAUCUAUGAUGUAGUGAUGCCGAAGAAAAGUACAAGACAUGCGAGAGAGUUGGGGUCAACGAGAAGUUCUCAUGAUAAAGCCAAUAAUCCUGGUGUUGUGCCGGAACAGGAAACCAGACGAUUUCGCACCGUUCGCAUCGGCCUUACCAACGGCAAGCGUUGGUCGUCUCUGAAAAAACGCUUGGCUCUGUCAACGGAUGAAGAUGUUGCGGUUUAUCUCCUCGAUCUUGCCGAAUCCGCUUCCAGUGGCAUGUGCAAUGGUGAAGGGGAAGGAGAAACAGAUCAGACAAGGAAGAACAAAACGCAAACGACGUCGACCGGUGUUCCGAUAGAAGAAACACGGGAAUCUGUGCGUCGAAGCUUAAGAAAACAAAACUACAGUGUUGCUACUGAACUUGAAAUAUCCUCUGGGAAUACAGCGUUAACAACUGUGUCAAAAGAUAUAGAGUUACAUACUCAAUGCAGUACGAGAUCCAAACAUCACAAGAAUAAAGUUAAGCAUCACAAAGAUAAACGAAGAAAGAAACGACAUUUGAAAACUAUUGAUGUUGUUGUGUCGAUAGGAACUGUAAAGCCAUUAUCAAAUGAUACGCUGUCAGGUGAAGAGGGAUUACUUCCCAAAAAGAAAGGUAAUUCUAGACUCAUACGUAAGAACAGUAUUGUGACAAACUUGGAAGAUAGUCUUCAGGUUACCACUGGAGGAGUGGGAUCUGUUUUGUUAAAGACUGAACAUGUAGAUAAUAUAGAAUUCAUAGAGAAUGUAAGUACAGAUAAAAAUACCCUUUACUCUGACAUCAAAGAUGCGGACGUGGAAAAUAUUAUAUCCAUUGGUACAAAGAAAGAAUCAUCAGAGUCAAAUAGUUCAGUAAUAUCUCCUGCUGUUAAACAUAAUUCUAGCGUAAUGCUCUCAGACCAAAUGAUAAACACAUCGGACACAACUUCUCGUAUCGAAGAUGCAAAGUUAGAAGACAUAGAAGACGAGGAUGGAGAUGUUUUAAGUAGCUCUUGUUAUGUCAGUCAUAGAGAACAAAGUGAUUCGGUUGUAAAUUCAGCCAGCUUGAAUGUAAGCUCAGUACUAGAAACGGACGAUCGAAAAUUAAAGAAAAGACGCAGACGAUUGAAAUAUGACAUGCAAGGGGAAGAGGACGAAACCACGAAGGGAGACUCAUCGGAGGAUCUUGUAGAGGAUUCUGUGCAUAAACAUAGAAAGAGAAGGCAUAAACAUACUGGCGAACACAGGAAUCGUAAGCACCACGACGUAAGGAAAGCGCCGCAAGACGGAAUAAUCGUACAAGACCGUGGAGACGCUUGUUCUUUAACGGACGAUGUUACUGCAGUCUCGAAAUCGCACAGCGAACCAAGCAUUGAAACCUUAAUUUCCGAGCCGCAAAGAGUAGCUAUUAAAAUCAAACUCUGCCAGGAAUGUAACAGUCGUCACUUGCAGGAUGCCUGUCCAUUGAGCGCACCACAGUACGCGAUUCCUGAUUCCAUAUCGUACGAGGAUUGGUUAAAAAGGAACAAGGAGAACACAGAACUAUUACAAGCCGUAAAAUGCGACGACCCCAUGUCCGAGGGGUAUGACCAAACUGGCGAAGAUAAUAUCGAAUCGGACGAUGAUUCUUCGUCGAUGGACAAUUGUAAAGCAAAGACAAAAACUCAGAAGGAGGAAAAGCUGUUGAUUCUGAAUAAUGAUCGACCAUUGUACGCCAGAGACUCUUUGCCCGAUUGUUUGGAAUUAAGGAUUGCCAAUUCGGAACACGGCCUCGGAAUAUAUGCGAAAAGCACUGUCCCGAUGCACGUAAAACUGGGCCCCCUUGUGGGACAGCCAGUGAAGGAGAUGGAUAUUCCUGAUGAUUCUUCUAUGAGACACAUUUGGGAGAUAGGUAACAAUGGUAAAACAUCAUACAUAAGUACCACCAAUCCACUACGAAGUAAUUGGAUCCGUUACAUUAGGCCAGCGGAAACAAAGGAGGAAAGGAGCGUGGCUGUAAUUACGAAGCGAGGGGAACUGCACCUAGUUACUACUCAAAAUAUUGUAUCUGGAACGGAACUGACAUACUGGGCGGAUUCACAAUCUUCGGCUUGGACGAGAAAGAAUAAAGUAGACAAAACGAAUUGCGGGGGUUGCAAUUUGAAUUUCACCCAUCCGAUAUAUUAUCGCCUGCACUGUUGCAUUUUCCAUGACACGAACUACAGUCUGACGAUACGAAAGUAUCAUUGUAAGGUAUGCGGAGCUGCUGUUCUCGGUAAGGACAACAUAAUGAAACACGCGGCAGAAUUGCACGCGGGUCGAGGAGCAUAUCAAUGCCAAUAUUGUAAAAAAUUCUUCUUACGUUUGAAUUAUCUCGAGAUGCAUCGAACAUACGGGUGUGCGCAAAAUCCUCAGCGUUCACGACCGUUGUGCGAUUUUUGUGGACGCAAAUUUUGUCAACCGCAAAAGCUGAAAGUACACAUCAAACGAAUGCACAGCGAUAUGUCGGAGGUCCUCCGGGAGUUUCAGUGUAAGCUUUGCUUGAAACUUCUGGGUUCUCGUGCCGCUCUUCAACGUCACAUGAAAGAAGUUCAUCAUAAGGAUGUAGUUGGUGCCGCGACUUGCGAUCGAUGUGGAAAAAUGUUUCAAAACAAGAGUAACCUGAAAAUACAUAUGUUAACGCACAGCGGUGUAAAACCGUUCAAGUGUAGGAAAAGUGGUGGCAAAGCAGCUUUUACUACGAAACAGUGCUUACAGUUCCAUUAUAAAAAAGUGCACGGUCUCUCGGAGGAGAUGAUGCCGAAGAUCGAACGAUCCGUUGCGUACACUUUCGACGCGUACAGUGGUGGACUCGUCGAAGAUGUCGGCCGCGGGAGGACUCCUCGACCAGGCAGAAAAAAUCAGCAAGACAGCGAUAGCCUGACGUCUUUGGAUAAUGGUAGUUUUGAAGAAAAGUUGAAGACUGAAGCGUCGAAUAAUACAACUCACUCGAAUAUAAUCGAGUGUGGAUCAAAUUCUGUGAGCAAGUACAAAGGGGAAUAUAAUUUACGCGUUUUAACGCCGCCGUUAACGUCGACCGUUUUAGAGUCGUCCGCUUUAGAGUCAACAAUGGAGAACGUUCGUAUAGAAGCGGAUGUGUACGGUACGUCGAGAUUGCAGAGUAAAGGCAGUAAAAAGUGGCUCGGUGAAUUCACUCCUUCGACAGCGUUGAAUGUAACUGUAACGUCGAACACUAUGAUUUCACGUUUGUCAACGACAAGCGUUGUUACCGGAAACGUUUACGAGUUUGAAGACGGGAGAAAGGAUAUGGACGAGAAAACACCACCGUUGUCGACAGAAACAGGGAGAUCACAAAGCGUUCUGGAGGACGGUAAAAUAGGACUUAGCGUUUAUAGAAGAACCGAAAGUGCAAACGCCAGUCUGCUGGUUGAAGCUGCCCUCGAUGCUGCUGAAAGAGAUAUUGGAGCUGUAUCUAGUCCAAUGUUGGAGGAUAACGAUCGCGAUACCAAUCUGUACUCGAUAUCCAGCCAGUUGCAAUCCCCGUUACCUCAAAGAUCACCGAAUCACUUGGAGUCUUAUAUACAGCAACAAGAGGAAUUGAUGUCACCGGCGCCUACACCGGACAGCCGAAAUACUCCACCUUCUCAUUUACACGUUGAUUACCAGCUGCAUCGAUCGGUUGAUUACAUCGGAAGUACACCGAGAGCGCACAUUCAGCAGGAUGAUUUAGUAUCGCCCUCGGAAACACCGAAUUCCAGGUAUCCAGAUGUGCAUCAUCAUCACCAUCAUCACCACCAUCAUCAUCAUCAUCCGUCGGUAUCCGCCGAUAAUUUGUCCAGCGACGAAGGUGACGCCGUGGUGCAAAAUCUUAGCCUUUCCGUGAAAGAAAAAACGAUGCAGUUGGAUCUUUCGACGUCGUACAAAUACGACGUCAUGGACGAAAACUUUCCAAGGGAAAGGUCGAGCUUCGAGCCCCUUGUUUUGAAUGGCGGUGAGCUACAAGGCUUGGAUAUGUCGGCGAGGGGAUUUCAUCACGGUUUCGGUGUACAAAUGCAAAACACUACGAGGUAUCACCAUCAUUUGUAUGAAAUCACGGAAAGACAAAGCGUCGAUCUCAGCAAAACUGGUAGCUAUUCGCUUUCACCACCGCCUCUUUCGGCAGCCUCUCAACAAUCGGUUGCCACCUCUGUAACCGUGACGACACCGAUACCACUGUCACCACCACCGCCUCCUCUAUCAUCUGUUUCUCCCUCUGUCGUGGCUCCUCCGCCGCCACCGCCCCCACCGCCUCCACCACCUGCGCCUCCUCCUCCGCCUCCUCCGCCUUAUCCUCAUAACGAUAUUUUGAGAGUCGUAAGUUUGGAUCUCACUCCUGGCGGUAGGCACACCGUUGAUCUCACCUUGACGAGGUCUCACCAUCUGCACGGGCCUGGAGCACGCGUUAUAACGAGUCCUCAACCGACAGGCUCUGGUGCCCAGCAUAUAGUACCUGACGUGGUGGCCGGUCGAAUUUUGUCUUCCACCUCACCACCGCCACCUUUAUCAGGAUACAAUCCGAGUUACCCCGUGAGCCCUGCACCGUAUCAUCCACCUAGGCCAGCAUACCAUCAUUACACUGGCUAUUAUUGAUAAAUUCAAUCAGCCUUUUCCUGCUCACUCGAGAAGUCUUCGUUAGCGAUUAGUUAGCUUCACCAGUAUUCGUAACUUUUCUCUUCUGUUUUCUUGACUCUCCUUUCUUCUCUGUUUCGCACAAUUGUUUUUCUCCAUGCAAUACUC